GAUUUAUAAAAAAAUAAUUGUUAGUCUUGUGCUUGAAAUGUAGCUUCUAUAGUGAUGGACCUUUACCUAUCAGUACAACAUGUGGUGCAGUGAGUGAAUGCAGUGUGGAGAUCGAGCUAGAAUAAUGCCACAAGCUCUCAAGAUAGGCAUUAUUGGAGGAACUGGGCUGGAUGAUCCUGACAUCUUCACUGAGAGGGAGGAAGUAACAGUGGACACUCAAUACGGGAAGCCUUCUGAUGUUCUUAUCUAUGGGAAGAUAGAUGAAAUUGCCUGUGUCCUAUUGGCAAGGCACGGUCGUAAACAUGAAAUAAUGCCAACCAACGUAAAUUAUCGAGCCAACAUAGAAGCUCUACGCCUCGCUGGCUGCACUCACAUCAUUGCUACAACUGCUUGCGGUUCUCUGAAAGAGGAAAUACACCCGGGGGAUAUAGUCUUCCUCGACCAAUUCAUCGAUCGUACUUUCAAACGUGAACCAACAUUUUACGAUGGAAAACCAGGUAGCAAAAAGGGAGUAUGCCAUGUGCAAAUGGACAAGCCCUUCUGUGAGAAGACCCGGUCAAUUUUGAUCAAAGCAGCCCAAGAAUUGAAGCUGAACUAUUUUGAUAAAGGUACAGCUGUCACCAUUGAGGGACCACGGUUCUCAAGUAAAGCAGAGAGUGUACUGUUUUGCAGCUGGGGAUGUGAUGUGGUUAACAUGACUACUGUUCCUGAGGUAUGUCUUGCUAAAGAGGCGGGGAUAUGCUAUGCAAGUAUUGGUCUACCAACGGACUACGAUUGCUGGAAAGAUGAACCAGUGAAUGUUGCUAUGGUAAUGAAGACCCUGAGGGACAAUGGAGAUAAAGCCACCAAACUGAUACGGAGGGCAGUGGCUCUAAUGGCACAGGAGGACUGGACCAGCACAAUGGAGGAACUAGCAGCACUGGUCAAGACCUCUGUCAUGUUACCUUGAUAGGGAAGCCUAGCUGGGACACACUCAGUGAUCCUCUAUGAGACUGUACGAAAUCAUAAUAGUUGUGUGUGCUCAUUUGUAGGUAGUGGUUGCUGAAUAAUUGAAUAAAACAUUAUUUGUAAAUUA